AAAUGUCGUAGAGAUCAAUCGAAUCGGUAUAAAAGCCCUUGCAAAAUCGGUACUCAUCACUCCAACUGGACGUCAAGCAGCAGAAUGUGGUCUCCUCUACUUCUGUGUCUCCUUGUUGGAAUCGCUUCCGCGGCCAAUCAAAAUGCCUGGAAGCAAGGCCAAGAAUACACCUAUCAGGUGCGCGGUCGCACAUUGGCGGCUUUUCACCAACUCGAAGAUCAGUACACCGGUAUCGCGUUAAAGGCUCAGCUCAAGUGUCAGCCGAAAGGAUCCGACUCGUUGAGCUGUAGCAUCCAAAGUCCUCAGUUCGCAGAGAUUCACGCUCAGCUACCUGGUGGAUGGGAUUCUCCUCUACCCGAGAAGAAGACCAAUUUCCAGCAGUUCCCGCUGAGCGAAAAGCCAUUUGAGAUCAAAUUCAAAAAUGGCGCGAUCGACGACCUUAUCGUUGAGAAGUCUCUGCCAGUCGACCAGGUCAACAUUAUCAAGUCCAUCGUCAGUCAACUUCAAGUUGAUACGCAGGGUGAGAACGCCAUAAAAUCUCGCUACAACCAGGAACCCGAAGGUAACAACGCCUACGCCACCUUCGUGACCAUGGAAGAUACUGUUACCGGCGAGUGUGAGGUCUUCUACGACGUUAGCCCUCUGCCAGAAUUCGUGCUCCAAACUAAACCGGAGCUGGCUCCAUUCCCACAUCUCAAGGGAGAUGGACAGAUCAUUGAUAUUGUGAAGACGAGUAACUUCAGUAACUGUGGAAAUCGUAGGAGUUACCACUUUGGUUUCAGUGGCGAAACUGAUUGGGAAGCUGGAAGCAACUCCAUGGGUGAUCUGCUCUCUAAAUCGUCUGUCAGCCGUGUGAUUAUUUCUGGAAGUCUGGAUCAUUUCACCAUCCAGUCAUCGGUCACCACAAAUAAAAUUAUAGUGAGCCCGACUAUUCAUAACACACAAAAGGGUAUGGUUGUCAGCAGGCUGAACAUCACCCUGCAAUCAGUCGAUUCUGCUUCUGGAAGCCCCAAAUCUCCAUCCAACCCAGAGUCUAUGGAUGACCUAGUGUUCAUCCCUUACAGGGAAAACGACAAACGUCAGCGUAGCUCAAGAAACAGCGGUCGUGAUGAUGACGACUCCUCAUCUUCUUCCUCUUCUUCCUCUUCUUCCUCUUCGUCAAGCUCUAGCUCUUCUUCGUCAUCCUCGUCUUCGGAAGAAAAUGGUCACAGUCAGGGUCGGCCAUUCAAACACAACUAUGGUCGCUACCCGAAUCCAAACCAGUACAAUGACCAACGUGGACAUCGUCAAGCUCGUGCAGCUAAUGAUGACUCAAGCGAUAGCUCUGACUCAAGUUCCAGCAGCUCAAGCGAAAGUGACAGCCUUAGUAGCAGCGAGGAAUACUGGUUGCCAAAACCUACCUUGCAAAAUGCUCCUGACCUUCCCAUGCUUUUCUUCGUCGGCGACAAAGUCACUGUAGAUCACAUGGAUCUAGUUUCCUACACCAAGAAACUCGCUGAUCAGAUCGGCGCUGAGCUUCAAAAACCGAGUAGCAUCCCAAAGGAAGAUACCCUUGAAAAGUUUGCUGAUCUUUCUGCCCGCCUACGUACCAUGAAUACGAAGCAGAUCGAGCAGGCCGCGUCCAAGAUGUACACACCAGCCUCUCAAUGCCCAGGUGAUAAGGAUAGCAAAACCCAGAGUAUCAAGUGUGCUUCGUGGGCAGCCUUCCGCGACGCAGUUGCUCAAGCCGGUACUGGACCUGCGUUUGUUGUGAUCAAGGACUGGAUUUUAUCUAAGAAGGUCAAGGGUUUUGAAGCUGCGGAAUUGAUCGCCGUAUUGCCAGCGACCACCAGAAAUCCUACUUCUGAGUACAUGGAUGCAUUCUUUGAGCUUGCCACCAGCCAAGAAGUCACCAAACAAGCUCACCUCAACUCUACAGCAAUUCUGGCUUUCGCAGAUCUCGUACGUGAAUCGCAGGUAAACAACGCCUCGGCCCACAAUCGCUAUCCUGUGCACAGUUACGGUCGUCUCUCCCCUAAGAACAACCCAGCUGUUCAAAACAAAUGGAUUCCUUACCUCGAGAAUCAAAUGAAGAGCGCUAUCCGUGAGGCUUACAGUCCAAAAAUUCAAGUGUUCAUCCGUGCUCUUGGUAAAGUCGGUCACCCUAAGAUGCUCGCUGCUUUUGAACCAUACCUAGAAGGUGAAGAGGAUGCCACAAACUUUCAACGCCUGACCAUGGUCCUCAGUAUGGCCAACUUAGCUGAACUGUACCCGAAGCAAACACGCGCUGUACUGUACAAGAUCUACCAAAAUACUGGUGAAUCUUCUGAAGUUCGUACCGCUGCAGUCUUCCAGCUGAUGAAGACCAAACCACCCGCCAGUAUGCUCCAACGCAUGGCUCAAUUCACCAACGAGGACACGAACAACCAGGUCAACUCUGCCGUCAAGUCUGUCAUCGAAUCAGCAGCUGAACUUUACGAUUCUGAUUACUCUGCGAACGCACGUGCUGCACGCGAUAUGCUAAAUCCCGAAUACAUGGGUAUCCAGUAUUCCCGAAGCUGGCUUCACGAUUAUGUUCACGAAGAGUUGAACGCUGCUUACAAAGCUAGUCUUAGCUGGAUCGGAAGUCAGGACAGCAUCGCCCCUCAGGCUAUAUUUGGUGCCUUGAAACGUAACAAAGGUGGAUUCGCAAUGCCCACUAGUUUCUAUGGUGCCGCGGUAUCCAGCUUUGAUGAUUUGCUCGACGUUCUCUACGACCAAUACGAGAAUGACGAUGACAAUGCCCAGAAAGGCAAAGGCAAGUCCAGCAAGUUCAGUCCUCAAAAUAUUUUGAGUGCACUAAACAUCCAAAGCGAUGACGACGAAGAACUCGAAGGACAUAUUUUCAUCGACGGAUUCCUUCAAUCCACCCGUUUCAUGGCAUUCGAUAACAACACCAUCAAACAAUUCCCCAGCUGGGUCAAGUCAGCCGCAGCCUCUUUGAAACAUGGCCAGAAAUUCAACUACACCAAACUGUACAGUGACAACGAAGUGACCGUCAUUUUCCCAACGGCGAUGGGUCUGCCAUUUGUCUACACCAUGAAGACUCCUUCUCUUGUACAAAUCGGCGGCGAAGUACGUGCUAGAGCACACCCAGGUGACUACAGCGGCUCCUCCCAUGAGAUCUCUAUUCCUGCUGCGGUGAACGCUAGUGCCCAAAUUCAUGCCGUCUACUCCAAAAAGAUGAUCGCACGAUUCGGAUUUGUCAACCCCACCAGCAACCGUCACCAUAUGGCUGGUUACGAUCAGAACUUCCAAAUCAACGUGCCACUGAGCGCUGAAGUUGAUUUGGAUUUCGAAAAUAGCCACAUCCGCAUAAACCUUGAGCCCAUUGAUCAGGAUAAGAGCUAUAACCUUGUGCACUACAGCAGCUGGCCAUACACUGUUCAGUACGAUUUUCUCAAUGGAAAACCAGCUUCCCAACAGGAAGGUUACCAGUCCAUCGAUGAUGACGAUUCGGAAGACCGAGAGUGGUCCUUUGGACAUAAGUCUACCGGUCUUGUGUUCCGUUUCACAGCUGAAAGUGAUGAUGAACCUGAACAGCUAAGCAAUUGGGCCUUGAGGAUGUUUGAGUCUGAAGAUCCAUUGGCAUCCUACGUCUUCUCCUCAGACGUAGAAAGCAUCCAACAGUCCAAUUACAAUUUGAUCUGGGAUGCUAAACAAAGCAGCAACGACGCCGUAGAACUUACGUUCUCCUACUCCGAUUACACGAAGGGACAGAGCGGCAGUUCAGCUUCAAAGUCAGCUUACCAACACCCGGCAGGCCGUAAGAGCUCCGCUGACGAUGAUAACCAAUCUUCCGACAGCAACGCCUCAGCCCCUCAACCCCACAGCCGCGAACCUGACAGUGAAAAACGUCAAGAGCAGUUCCUGAGGGAGGCUGCCUCCGGGAUCAAAGACGCGUAUGCCCGGGCUUACGAUUUCGGUGCGGAAUUCCAUGGUAAGAACAAGGCGCAAUUUGCAGCCACUAUCGCAGUGGCCAGCAGCUUUGUUGACGAUAAGAGCCGAGUCGUCUUCUACUACGGCAGUGACCCUGCACAGCAGAAGAACUACGAGGUCUGCAUGUCCGCUCAAAGCUCAAGUCCUCAAAUCCCACGCAUGAACUUCGCCCAGGCAUUGAAGGCCGAGCCAACAACCAAAGUCGCAGUUGACAUUAAAUUCGGUGAAAACUGCCAGUCUGGCGCAAGAGUACAAAUUAAAGGUAAAUUAGAGCAGUCCGACGAACGCAGAGAGUAUCUUCAAGAUGACCCGAUGGUUCUGCAAUGUGCUCAAGAGAUGCAGGAGGGUAACAACGUUCUGCCAGCUUGCCGCAACGCUACGGCUCGCGCAAACUCUUUGGAUGAAGGUAGCUUCACCAUCAAGUACCAGCAGAUUCCCGACACAGUAAAGAAUAUCACCGCUAAAGCCUAUAGCAUUGUUCGCCACCUGACCUAUCACUACGCCUACGAAAACUAUGUCGAUCCCGAAAACCAGGCUGAAGGCCAGAUCAAUGUCGAAUACGGAAUGGCACCCAACUUUGAAAGCCUCAACGUAACCAUGAACGCACCUGGUUUCGACGCCAACAUUACAGAUCUGGACAUCAGCGCGUGGGCAGCUCCCCUCCUCGCCAUAGACCCCGUUCAAUCGGCUCAGCGUCGUUUUGGAAGGGAAGUCCUUGCCGGGCAAUACAAUCCAACUUGCGUCAUUGACCACUCUGCCGCAUCUACUUUCGACAACAAGACCUACCCUAUCGAACUUGGCAACUGCUGGCACGUUGUGAUGACAGCCAUUCCCGACGAUGACGACGACGACGACGACGAUGAAGGUAUCUCCGACGAUAUGGAAGUCAGCGCAGUCUGCCGUGAUAUCAGCGACAAGCAAAGGGAAUGCAAACUGGUUCUCAGAGAUACCGAAAUCCACAUGUACCCGAACAACAACCAGCCCUCCAUCAAGGUUGACGGCCAAUCUGUCCAACUUUCAAAACACGAAGUCUACCGCUACGACGAUGACGACGACGACGACGACGACGAAUACGAUUUUGAGGCUUACCUCGGACAGCAGGGUGCUGUCGUGAUUCAUUCUGAGACAUUCGGCGUCAAAGCGGCCUACGACGGACAACGCAUGAAGCUGGUUCUAAACAACAAAUACCGCGACCAGAUCCGUGGACUUUGCGGAACAUUCACCGGAGAAGAACAUGACGACUUCACCACUCCAGAAAACUGCAUCCUGAAGAAGCCCGAGUACUUCGCCGCCAGCUAUGCUCUUACCAAUCAAGACCGCUGCGAAGGACCUGCAAAAGAGAACGCACGCAAAGCUGAUCAAGCCAAGUGCUACCGCAAAGUCCUUCUUUUAGGUAAUGUCGUGAGCGACCAGGAUGCCGGACGUGGAAGGAACAUGGGAAGUUCUCGCGGUAACAAACAUCAGAACUUUUCCGGAAGGAACAGCCAGGCACGUGGCAGCUGCACGACCUAUCGAACCAGCGUGACUCAAGAGGGUGGCCAGGUGUGUUUCUCUCAGAGGCCAGUCGCCGCCUGCGCUCCGGGCUGCAAGCCGACCAGCAAGCAGCAAAAGACCGUGAAGAUGCACUGCGUUGAGAAGAGCAGCUACGCCGAUUCUCUUGCCCAGCGCAUCGAUCAGGGAGCUCACCCUGACUUCAGCCAGAAACCCCAUAACAAGAGUACCAGGAUCUCCGUCCCAGAGAGCUGUGUUCCCGCAUAGAUCACAUCUUCGAAAGUACGGCGUCUCAUCACUUAUCUGACGUUGUACACUGGUGGUAUUUUAUGACGACUGCAAUACCUAUGGACAUGUGUAUAGUAGUAUAGAACUUACAAUGUUAUCGAAUAUUUAAAAAUUAAUUCGAGUGAAAGUGAAAAAAAAAAAAACGAAAUUACAAAAUUACAAAGUUCAUGUAUUUAUAUUGAAUAAAAAUUUUCAUUGCAUAUCA